AUGCUGCAGAGUAAUUUCAGGAUCAAGGACCUAGGAGAGUUGAAGUUCUUCCUUGGGAUUGAGCUAGCAAGGUCCAAGGAAGGAAUACUGAUGAACCAAAGAAAGUUUGCAAUACAGCUAAUCACUGACCUUGGAUUAGCAGGCUCAAAACCUGUGACUACACCAAUGGAAUGCAUCCAAAGGUUCACUACUGUGGAACUUGAUCAACACUUGAACUUGAAAGAAAAUGAGAAGCUGGUAGACUCAGGGCCAUAUCAGAGAUUGGUGGGAAAAUUGUUGUACCUUACUAUGACUAGGCCAGAUAUAUGCUAUGCAAUCCAUGUGUUAAGCCAGUUCAUGCAUUGUCCAAAGAAAUCUCACAUGGAGGCUGCUAUAAGGGUUGUGAGAUAUAUUAAAGGAGCAUCAGGCUUGGGGUUGCUGAUGAGUUCCAAACAGUCCCCUAAAUUGACAGCAUUUUGUGAUGCUGAUUGGGCAUCAUGCCCUGUCUCCAGGAGAUCUGUAACAGGAUAUGUGAUGAAAUUGGGAAAUUCUUUAGUGUCAUGGAAAUCCAAGAAACAAUGCACAAUCUCAAGAAGCUCUAUAGAGGCAGAGUACAAGAGCAUGGCAGCAAGAGUUGUAGAAAUAUCAUGGUUGACAAGACUUUGCAAAGAGCUGGGUGCUGAAGUUGAGCUGCCAGUGGAGUUGCACUGUGACAGCAAAGCAGCAAUUCAAAUUGCUGCAAACCCCAUAUUUCACGAGCGUACAAAGCACAUAGACAUAGACCUACAUUUCAUUAGAGAGAGGAUUCAACAAGGGAUUGUCAAGACCAAGUAUGUGAUGUCUAAAGACCAAGAAGAAGAUUUGUUCCCAAAGGCACUUGGAAGAACAUAA